CUACUUUUUGCCCUGUCUGUGGUGAUGUGUUUAUGUAGGAUACCCUUUCUGUAACCUUCUUCUACUUUCAUUACAAGGCUGUUGCGUGUUGAUCGAAUUCUUUGGUCCACUUGGCGGCUGGCUGUCUUAGUUUGUUUGUUGAUUGCUGAAUUUGUUAAAAAUAGUGCUUUGUUUUUGGACUGAAAAUCACUGAAGAUGAAUAUCUGAUUGGCAGUGUCAUUUGGAUUUUGUGAAGGAAGAGGGCAAACAUUGUCUGUUAUGGCAACCAAAUUGAUUCACUGUCGCAGAGUUGUGACAUACCUGCCCAAUCUGCGUGCUGCUGUGAUACAGAGCAAGGCCUUCUCCUCAGCGUCUGAUCAGUUUGAGCCAACUCCACCAGAAGCAGCAGAAGACUCACCACGCGUCCAGACGGUGUGGCCGGAUCACAUGCUCGGGCCCCUCGGCCCUCAAGAUAAACGGUUCCCCUUGCCAGGGUGCAUUGGACCCUGCGUCAACACACGCCGACUAGCUCAGGACCUCAAUGCAAAACCAGUGCUGGUCUCACCUGGGUUUGAUAUUAAUGCCGUGUUACCUCCGCUACCUGAACAUCGCCAUUUUGACAUCGCUGAACAGUUCCUUACAUCUGUGGACGAGAUUGUAGUUGAGUUUGUGGAGAGCGACAUGUCGAGGCCAAGUGCCACAGACAAGAUGGAGUAUCGAGCACAUGCGUGUCCGGACAUUCUUCGCAAAGAAUUCAAGGAGCUAUUUCCGGACAGGAACAUUCAAGAGGGAGACUUGACUAUUGUCAACAUCAGUCUGAAAACAGAGAAUGACAUGACACUUUGGUCUUCAGAAGUGGAGGAGGAGAGAGAGGCUCUUCUGGAGACUUUCAUCCAAGGAGCCGUAGAAAUUUGCCAGGCAUUUGAGGAUUCUGGCUUCUGGGCUGACUUUAUUGAGCCAACCUCUGGAAAACCAUUCAAGGGUCCGCACACAAACUUCACCCUGUUUGAAACUGAUGAGCGCUACAGGCGUAUGGGCUUUGAUAUCCUUGACCUAGGCUGCUGCAAGGUGAUCACCCACCCCGUGUGGGGCACGAAUGCUUACAUUGGCACCCUGUUCAGCAACGCUCCACUCAACCACCCUCUGGUGACGUGUCUGAAACCGGAUCAGUAGAUGGCGCUUGUCUGUGUUAUUAAUGAAUGAGAAUUUUGGUCUGUGUGCUUGUUUAUGUGUCUGUGAGCAUGUCAGUUUGUCGGGUGGCUAAGCUAGAGUCAGUACGUGGUUGUUUUUAUGAUGAUGAGUGUUUUGGUGUGUUGUUCAGAGGAAAGUUACUUGCAGUAAUGUCUGUAGUUCCUCAUAGACAGAGUUUAGAGCAGUGUUGGCUGUGUGUGUGUGUGUGUGUGUGUGUGUGUGUGUGUGUGUGUGUGUGUGUGUGUGUGUGUGUGUGUGUAAGUCUGUCAGGUUUUGAGCAAAAGUGACUGAACUCAUUAGUGUGUAAGUGUUGUCAUAACUGUUAUGCCUAGUUUUUUUUAUUUCAGAGUAUGUGGUAAGACUGUUGUAUGAGAUUGUGAAUGUGCAUUUAUAUCAUAAGAACAGAGCACACAUGUUAAUAUUGUAAUCAGGGGAAGCUUCUGUGAGAUAUAAUGCCUCAGAACAGCUGGCUUUAAAUGAAUUCUCUCUUUUGAUUCUCAAUUUUUAACAGGUAUUUUAGCACAUUGUGCUUUUCUUACUUCUUUACGUUUCCAGUGGCUGUUGUUUGGGUUCUGUUGAGAACUUGAGAUGUUUGAGUUUGAGUGCAAUCCUGUCAUGUUGAAGAAAGCGUAGAGUAGACACUGUGCUGUGGAGGUAAUAGAUUAGUAUACUUGUCCUUGUUGGUUGUGAUAAGUCACAGGAAAUUUUUUUUCUGCCAUUGUGCUUGGUUGUCAGGUUUUGUGGGAAAAUGUUGUGGGACUAGACUGUACAAACAGGGCUUUUAAUUUUAAACUGGAAGACAUAAGUACUGGGUGUUCAUUUCAUUAUAUUGCUUUUUGCAGUGUUAUGGGUCAGACAGAAUGCAGUUUUGUGAAUUAACCUUUAAGCAUAUAGUUUGCUUUAUCUGUUGUCAGAAUGUAUCUUUUUAUCCCAGUUUUAAAGAAAAGAAUUGUUGUUAAGUAAUUCACUUAAGUUAUAUAAAAAUUUUUACCGUACUUUGAAAAUAUGCUUAUUUGGGUUUUUGAAAUCUUACUAUCUUAUCUAUUCUUAAACUUCAGGUAUGGCGGUGGUAAAUUAAUUUUGUGGAUGUAGAUUUUUUUGUUGCUAUAGCUACUUUCCACUAUUUGCUCUGUUAUUGCACUUGAGAUUCAAGCUCCAAAAUAUGGGAUUGGGGAAUUUUUUUCGGUUUACGUUCAAAUGGGGAAGAAAAAAGCGUGGAUUCUGUUUUCUUUUGCUCUACCUCGGUUUUUAGAUUAAUCAUGUUCGGUUUAAGAGGACUCCAUUGUAUUGGCUUCCUACUGGCAUAAUUACUCUUGCCACUAAUGUUGGGAUUUUAAAAAUAAUAUUGUUGUUUUGGUCACUAUAAAAGUAUAAGGAUGAAGAGAAGACUCUGUACAUUGCAAGAAUUUUGUUGAAUUUUUCUUUCUGUUGGGGUUGUCUUAUUGUGUUUAUGGAGAUGAUCAUAAAAAAUGAUGUUGUACUUGUCUAAGAUGGACUGAUGUAUAGGAUUUUCUGUAUUUACGAAAUGUCUUGGGUAUGUAGCAAGUCCUGUGUUAUUUUUAUUUCUCUUAAAUAUUUGUUUUCUGAACGCCAUGGGUUGUAACCUGUUCCUCAUUUGGUGAUCCUUUUAAUUUAGCUUGCUGUGUUUGAUUGAUCAUUUUUUCUCGAUAUGUUGUGAGUGUUAAUUCAGUGAAGCAAUGGUAUUUUUUGCCAACUCAGGUGUCAGAGAAAGUCUGUUUGAGCCAGUGUUGUGCCUCACUUCUCCUGGGGAAAGUAGUUGUUCUUUGUUGCUUAGUGUUCAAGUUUGUGUGGGAAGUAGCAUGAGUUUUUAGAGUGACAAGAUAGUGAAAGGUGGGUGGGUAGGUAGGUAGGAGUGUGCAGUUUGUAAUUUAGAGCUUGAACUGUUAGUGAACAUUCGUGCUAAUUUUAAGCGGGUUAAUCAGGCAUAGUAACAAUUAUCAAUAUAUACACACACAUUUAUGCACAAGAUACUCAUGCCUCUUUCGGGAGUUGUCCCAUAGAUAACACAUUGUUGAUUAAUGUUUAUCUGAGAUGCCAUUUUCUGUUGAAGAGAUUUAAUAAACAAGUGUUGCUCUGAGUGUAUAACUGCA